GAAGCAUCGUGUGGGACCCGCAUUAUUUGUGAACUGGGACAGGCUUCUGUCGGCUGUCGGGGUGUCACAGUUCGUAUUUGUAUGCACAAAUUGUAUUGUACGUUUUGUGUUGUGAACGGCGACGGCGUGAACGCGUUUCUUUCGUCCAUUUUGUCGCUGCUUGUUUUUAAGGUAACAAAAAUCAGUUGAAAACAUGGCAGAUGCCGACGAUCUUCUCGAUUACGAGGAUGAAGAACAAACUGAACAGACUAUCACUGAAGAAAAAGAAAAAGAUGCAAACAAAAAAGGAGUUAAAGGCACCUACGUAUCCAUCCACAGUUCUGGAUUUAGAGAUUUCUUGUUGAAACCGGAAAUCUUGAGAGCUAUCGUGGACUGCGGUUUUGAGCACCCCUCUGAAGUACAACAUGAAUGUAUUCCACAAGCAGUCAUAGGCAUGGAUAUCCUCUGCCAGGCAAAGUCUGGUAUGGGAAAAACUGCAGUAUUUGUUCUUGCCACAUUGCAACAGUUAGAUCCAACAGAAAAUGUGGUCUAUGUUUUGGUGAUGUGCCAUACUAGAGAACUAGCUUUCCAAAUUAGUAAGGAGUAUAGCAGGUUCAGCAAGUACAUGCCUAGUAUUAAGGUCGGUGUUUUCUUUGGAGGCCUACCAAUCCAAAGAGAUGAGGAAGUACUUAAGUCAAAUCCACCUCACAUUGUUGUGGGUACACCUGGUCGUAUCUUAGCUCUUGUUCGUUCUAAGAAGUUAAACUUGAAGCAUCUAAAACAUUUUAUUCUUGACGAGUGUGAUAAAAUGUUGGAACAGCUGGAUAUGCGAAGAGACGUGCAAGAAAUCUACCGCAACACGCCGCACAACAAGCAAGUCAUGAUGUUCAGUGCUACACUCAGCAAAGAAAUCCGACCAGUGUGCAAGAAAUUCAUGCAAGAUCCCAUGGAAGUAUAUGUUGACGACGAAGCGAAACUAACGUUGCACGGUUUGCAACAACAUUAUGUCAAGUUGAAGGAGAAUGAGAAGAACAAAAAACUAUUUGAAUUACUUGAUGUAUUAGAAUUUAACCAGGUAAAAAGGUUUUUAUACAAAUUUGGUGGUACAUAGUUGUUUUAUUGUAAGAAUUAUGCUUUUUUCUGACUUUUUUACAUACAGUUUUUCUCAAAAUGAUGAAAAUUGAGAUCUGAUCCUCAUGAUUAUUCCAGAACUCUCUCACUGAUUCUUAUCAAGUUUUUAACCAAAACCUUGUUAGAUGUCUUUGGUGAUUUCAAAAGUAAAAUGCUUUCAGGUGGUUAUUUUCGUAAAAUCAGUCCAAAGAUGUGUCGCACUGGCCCAACUUCUCACAGAACAGAACUUCCCUGCUAUUGGUAUUCACAGAGGCAUGGACCAGAAGGAGCGGUUAUCGCGAUAUGAACAAUUUAAGGAUUUCCAAAAGGUAUGCCCCUAUAUGAAAUAUUUUUUAACAAUAAUUGUCCUAAUCUCAACAUUUUUUGUCAUAUUUAUAUACAGAAACGUAAACUCACUUUUCCACCAAAAGCAAGCUGAUGCCAACACAACUUUGACUUCAUUUCAGUAAAUAAAAUAUAAAUAGGCUUCAGCUAGAUCUAUUACUAUUUGGGAAAAUCUGUUACCCUAGUACCAUUGGACAAAAAUAUAUUACUUUUUACAAUUUGAAAAUGUACUAUUAUUCUUGAUAAUGGAAAACCUGUCAUUAACGAAAAUUAAGCGAAUUAGGACUCAAUCAGUUAUUAGUCUUGUUCAGAUUCAUCAAUAGUAUUAACCUAGAUUUCUAUACCUUCAAUAAACAUUUUUUUGACAUACAUGAUGAUAAGUGCGUAGGGACAUAUGAUUUCCAUGAUUAUUUACGCUUGUGGGAUUUACUGACAACCAAUAUAUCUCGCACAAUAUUUUUUUUGAUAUUGUUCAAAAUGAAUGAAAAGCUUGCAUUUUUUUCAGAGGAUACUGGUAGCUACAAAUCUCUUUGGCAGAGGCAUGGAUAUAGAAAGAGUAAAUAUAGUUUUUAAUUAUGA